AGGAAAUGCAUCACGACGAUGGGGGUAUGUGUCAGGGCAGUCCAAGGAUUCUAGACUCUGUAUAUUCCUUGGGGCAGUCAGGAAUAUAUGUGAGACACUUAGAGCACAGUGGCAGCGCGGGCAGACGGGUGGAGGUUCACGGCGCACGAAGUGUCCAUGAGUGAAACCGGUGUGGCCCAGGCGGAGACGAGCAAGGGCGGUUUCCCAGCGCCAGUUCCGGUGGGUGGAGAGAGGCCACGGGAGGACAGUGGGCUUGAUGGCAUGGAGUUUGUUGUCAUUCUGCAUGUUCCAUGAACACUGCCAUAAGUCUCGGAGCAUGGAAGUGAGGGCUGCGAAGCAGUCGGCGGCGGGAAUGGGAUGCGGGAACUUGCUGGUGGUUAGGGCAGCACUCAGCAGAGCGAGCGAGGGAGUCCGCACGUUCGUUACCUGGGACGCCGACGUGGCCAGGAACCCAACAGAACUGCACGGACUUUUACCUUGUUGAGAGGCGAAACAGCCAUUCCUGGAUCUUGGCAGCAACUGGAUGUGAAGCAGAGAGUGACUGCAGGGAUAUGGCAGUGACGGCAGCGGCGCUACAACCGGACACGCCCUUGCCGCCUGUCAUUUCUUUCAAGUCUCUUCCCAAAGACCUCAUCACGCACGACCCAUACGCUCACCUCCACACCUUCUCUGAGGACCAUCAUGAUGUGUUGCAGAACAAUAUCCCACACCAGUCUUUCAGUUUGCGUAUUAAGGACGCCUUGCCCUCCAAGUUCAUUAGGUUUCCCAGUACUUCGCACACCGUGACUCCACACCGUCAUGCAUCAUCCUCCUUCAGAAAACCAAGUAUCGGAGUGACACCGGUUGGACCCUCAGUGCCAGCGCCCUCGAACAAACCUACCGUGUUCCUCCACACUGUCGGUGCGGUGGACAAGGUGGGCGCCGCUGCACAUGUGGAACAUAUCACCCAUAACCACUUCCCAAGCCUUGGUUAUGACAUCGAUUCGUACUUUACUGGUUUCCCUGUUUUUGGAUUCUUUGACUUUAAUCCAGACAGGGCCGGUUUGACCACCAGAACCCACCUGCCGCCCUUUCCUCAAUUCCCGGAGGACAUACCUCUCAAAGGCAGCAAAGUCUCCCUCCACGCCCCAUACCACGCCACGCACCACACCUCCAAGGCUAUGGUGACUCAACAAAUUCACCACAAAAGCCGUUCAAAUCCUAAGCAAUUCCGCACCAGAGUGCCAAGACAGGCGAUGUUUUUCCUUGGACCCCCCUCCAUGCCCUCCAAUCCCAAGCCGCGCACUUCUACAAUUCUCUUUUAAUUGUCAUAUUUGUGUCCUCAAAAUGUUGGAUGGCCUUGAUGUAUUUUCGUAUUAGUAAGUUUUCUCUUCGUUUGAGGUUAUUUUUCUUGUACUUUCCAAAAUUAAAGUGUGACGCAAAUGGCCGACGCUGCGUCCCUGUCAAGCUCUCAUAACCUGACUCCUGUUUUAGGUUGUGAAGGAUGCUGACUAUGUGGCGCUACAUGUAUAUUGAUGCUUGUCGGCGACCUCACUGAGACGUCUAGUCAAGAGUGUGCAGCAACCAGCUUGUUGUGAAGUGCGGGAGGACUUCUUGUGUCUCCUGGGAGUCUGGUGUGGUGUGUGUGAGUUUCCUUGCUUCCUUGCUUGUUUUGUGUUACUGUCUCUUAAGCAGCGCUGAAUCGCCAUAAUAUAACAAGUUUUGUAGUAACGUGUUUCCAUUUAGUGUACAGCUUAUUGAACUGCAAGGUAAAUAAAACACUAAUAGGCAGUGA